ACUGCGCAUGCGCGAUGACGUUGGUCAAUAGUGCGCAUGCGCAGUGCCGCUGUUGUUGACAGUGGCGGCAAGAUGGCGGCUCUCGGAGAUGCUUCAGGCCCGGCGCUGAACGGGUUAAUUCAGCAGUUCACUGCCAUUACUGGAGCCACGGAGAGCGUCGGGAGACACAUGCUGGAGGCGUGUAACAACAACCUGGAGAUGGCCGUCACCAUGUUCCUGGACGGCGGAGGAGUGCCGGAGGAGCCGAGCACCAGUUCCAGUUCCGGUUCGGCCGCGGCGUCUGGAAGCAGAUGCCAUUCAGAAGACGAAGUCCGAGCGCCGAUCCCUCAGAAACAGGAGAUCCUGGUGGAGCCGGAGCCUCUGUUUGGAGUGCCGAAGAGACGGAGACCGGCUCGGUCCAUCUUCGACGGAUUUCGAGAUUUCCAGACGGAAACCAUCAGACAGGAGCAGGAGCUGAGGAACGGAGGAGCGAUGGAUAAAAAACUGAGCACUCUGGCUGAUCUGUUCCGACCCCCGAUCGAGCUCAUGCACAAAGGCAGCUUCGAGACGGCGAAGAACUGCGGUCAGUUGGAGAACAAGUGGUUGAUGAUAAACAUCCAGAACGUUCAGGAUUUCUCCUGUCAGUGUUUAAACCGAGACGUGUGGAGUAACGAGGCGGUGAAAGCCAUCAUCAGAGAACACUUCAUCUUCUGGCAGGUGUACCAUGACAGCGAGGAAGGUCAGCGCUACAUUCAGUUCUACAAACUAAACAAAUUCCCUUACAUCUCCAUCCUGGACCCUCGAACAGGUCAGAAGAUGGUGGAGUGGAAUCAGCUGGACGUUUCCUCGUUUCUGGAGCAAGUGACGGGGUUUUUAAGGGAACACGGCCAGUUAGACGGACUUUCCAGUCAACCUCCAGCCAAACGUGCUCGCUCUGAGAGUUUGAUUGACGCGAGUGAGGACAGUCAGUUGGAGGCAGCUAUCAGAGCGUCUCUACAGGAAACGCACUACGACUCGAAGCAGGAGAAAGCAGAGUCGGAAAACGACUCGGACGCCGAGGCAUUCUCCGAUAGCGAGGGCAUGAUCUCUGUGGACGGAUCAGACGACGAGGAUGGAGGGAAAGACUCAAUAGACGGAAACACAUCGUCAGAACAGGCCCCACCCACUUCCUCAGAUAGUCCCACCCAGAACAGGAAGUCUCCGCACAAAGAGUCAAACCACAGAAAAGAAGAGAGCAAGAAAAACCACGUGGAGCCGCCGCCUCCUCGGCCGAGCCACAAACACGCAGAGUCACAACAACGACGACAACAACAACAACGUCAUCACGACCAAAGUCACAAAAUCACAACAACCCAAAGCACACAGUCUGAAGAUAACGGUCCGAAGGCUCAUCUAAUGCUGAGAUACCCAGAUGGUCGGAGGGAACAGGUAGUGUUGUCCGCUAACGAUAAGCUCAUGGCUCUGGUGAGACACGUUCAGUCCAACGGAUAUCCGAACGAACGCUUCGAACUCGUCACUAACUUCCCAAGGCGGAAGCUGGCUCAUUUGGACUAUGACAUCACGCUACAGGAGGCGGGGCUUUGCCCUCAGGAGACUGUAUUUGUGCAGGAGAGGAACUAACUAACCCCGCCCUCUCCCUUUUGUUCGUUUUCAUACUCGUCCCUCAUCCGUCGUCCUCCACGGAGCCGAAGAGGACCGCGUUCCCUCGAAACGGACCACACGUUCAUAUUUAUUUGUGAAUAUCUCCGCGCAUCCCUGCUCCUUCCGGGUCUUUUUUGGUUUUCCAAACAACGAUCACGGAAUAAUUUUGAGAUAAGAGUUCAGUCAGGUUCAGCCAGGGACUUCGGAUCAGUUAACGAGUGACUUUAAGAGAAAUCAAAUCAUUUAUUUCUGUGAGGAUUUAAACCCUGAACUGUUUCAGAUCUGUUUGUGACAUGCCCUUGUCUGCUUCCCCUUGGUCGAGUCCCCUUGGUCGAGUCCCCUUGGUCGAGUCCCCUUGUGGCCAUAUAAAGUGCUCAAGUGAAGUUCAGCAAAAAAGUAAAUGUGAGCAAUAAACUACGCCACAUAUAUUCCACCAUAUCCUGUCUAAACAUGUUCUUACUCCGAAUCAUCGUCCACGUCGUCUACAUGACGACGACGUGCGAAACAUGUCCUCUGCUGGCUAGUUAACUAGCAUGCUAGCUAAUGAACAAACCAGCUGGUUUCCUUCCAUAGCUAGUUUGCAAAUUAAUCACUUUUUUUGUACAUGGUUAAAAAAACAAUUAAACACAAAUCCGCACUAAAAUAACCUGGUGGUUUUUUGUCGGCGCGCUGAGGGGAAGUCGACGACGGCAUGCGUUCACGCAGCUCCCGUACCUCGGUGACGGACUGAGCUGGAUCGGAUCUUCAGACUUCCGAGGAAUGGUUAAAAACUUGGAAUGGUCAGCACGGAGCAGUGAUGGUGUGGGACGUUACAUUUAUAGUGAAAUUUCUGUCUCUUUUUUUAUAUGCUGCAUCAUUUCCACAAAAAAUGUUGAUUCUCAAAUAUAACCGAAAAAAAGGAA